CUUCAUGUUUGAGGCGCUGCUCUUCGCCAUCCUGAUGUACCUGUACAAGUGCAGGAACGUGAAGCACAUCAUCAUCAUGAUGAUCCUGGUUGCACUGCUGGCCUCGGUGACGGUGAUCUCGGUGAAGGCUGUGUCUGGAAUGAUCACGGAGACCCUGCGCGGGAGUCACCUGCAGCUCACCUACCCUAUAUUCUACAUCAUGUUCAUCAUCAUGAUCACUUCCUGCGCAUUCCAGAUCAAGUUUCUGAAUGAGGCCAUGAAGCUCUUCGACGCCACAGAGAUCGUCCCCAUCAACUACGUGUUCUUCACCGCCAGCGCUGUCGUGGCCGGCAUUCUGUUCUAUGAGGAGUUUUACGGCAUCUCUCUGGUUCACGUCCUCAUGUUCGGUGUGGGGUGUCUGCUGGCGUUCACUGGAGUGUUCCUGAUUGCUCGAGCUCGACCCAGAAUAAAGAUGGACAGUGUGUUCAUCUCCAUGGAGCAGAUGCCAGGUAAGUGUGUGUGUGUGUGUGUGUGUGUGUGUAUAGUAAGUGUGUGUUAGGCAUGGGAACUGUUUUUAAUGUAUUGCGUGGUUUGGAAAGUCAAGGUUAGGUUUAAAACAGAGGAAAUAUCCUGCUACUGUUCCUGACGCACGUGUGCUGUCUUCAUCAGUGUUUCAGGACAGCAGCAUCUCCAGCAGACAAAUAUCCACACAUGCUGAUUAAAACUGUAAAUAAAUCUGUGUCUGAAACUAAUGAGGGCAGCAGGAGUCCAGGAUUCAGCUAGCCUGACUGGUUUACUGCUCUAAAAU